CCAACAGGGCCGUUAGGGCAUAAAAUAUCCAGCCAAAGCCCCGACCCGUCCCAACCCAACUCUUACCUUCAAUCUUCCCACGAAUACGACGCCUGAGUUUUCCUCUCGCAGUUCUUCAAAAUUAGGGUUUUUCUCCAAACUUAGGGUGUGCGAUUAGGUACAGUGUCUUCUGCAACGAUGAAGAGUCGAACCGCAGAAGAUGAAAGCCAUCACGGUGGAGCUCCCAUCAACGGCUCAAAAUCAAUCAAGAAGCACAAACAGAUGAUGAUGAAGAAGAAGAAUAUGAGGAGACUUGGCGGUGGAGGCCUUUCUCUUGAAGCCUUCGCUAAUGCUAAAUCGACGAGCAACAACUACAACCCUGCAUUAAUAAAGAAGCAAAAGGAGUUCUAUAAGAAUGCCAAGUAUGUGAGCAAGUAUAAGAAGUCCCUGAAGCAACAAGGCAAGCAGAAUGAUAUUUCCUCAGCUAUAAGACAACCGCAGGAUGAAAAUGAAGGUGAAGGUGUUAGUCAGAGGAGUAAGAAGAACAAGAAGAAGAAGGAUAGUUCACACAGCUUGAAAGAACUGUAUGAGAAGAAACGCGAAGAGGAAGAGAGGACAAGGAUUGAGAGAGACACAAUUUUUCAAGCCAAGAAGGAAAAAAGAGAGAGAGUUGAAUCUCAGAGGAAAGCUGCACGAGAGAAGAUGUUCAAAAGGACACGAAAGGGUCAGCCUGUAAUGAAGUACAGAAUUGAGCAUCUUUUGCAGACUAUUCAAGGCUCUACAAGUUAGAUGGUGGAUAGCAAGCAACCAACAGCUGAUUGUGGAGUAAGGUGGCCUCAUACUUCUCAACCAGAGGAGGAGAGACCAGUGAAAGACUCCAACAGAAAAUUUGCCCAACUUAAUUGGAAACCAUGUGAUGAAGUUUUACUCUUGAACCCAACUUUUUGACGAUGAUACAGGCACAUUUUGUUGGACUUUUUCAGUCUUACGGGCAUAUUUUUCUGCAUUGAUUUUCCGGGAAAGUCUUUGUUGGUUGGGUGGGAAAAGUCCCCAGCACUCUGGAUCUUAGAUGGAGCCCACACGGCUGUGGGUCUUAGAUGGAGCCCACACGGCUGUGGGUCGAGACUCGAGUCUUUCUUUAGCGUCAUAUAUUCUAGAAUUUCUUGCUCUGAUGGCAAAUACACGAUCCUUCUCUGCAA